AUGGAGGGCGGCUUCACAGGGGGAGAAGAGUACCAGAAGUACUUCCAGCCCAGGGACUACCUGACCACCUACUACAGCUUCGACAGCGGCCCCUCACCUGAGGCCGAGAUGCUCAAGUUUAACCUGGAGUGUCUGCAUAAGACAUUCGGUCCUGGGGGCCUCAAAGGGGACACCCUGAUUGACAUUGGCUCGGGCCCUACCAUCUACCAAGUACUCGCUGCCUGUGAGUCCUUCCGAGACAUCACUCUCUCGGACUUCACUGACCGCAACCGGGAAGAGCUGGAAAAGUGGCUGAAGAAGGAGCCAGGAGCCUAUGACUGGUCCCCGGCAGUGAAAUUUGCCUGUGAGCUGGAGGGAGACAGUGGCCGGUGGUGCGAGAAGGAGGAGAAGCUGCGAGCUGUGGUGAAGCGGGUGCUCAAGUGCGAUGCCAACCUGAGCAACCCACUGUCCCCGGCUACGCUGCCCCCUGCUGACUGCGUGCUCACCCUGCUCGCCAUGGAGUGUGCUUGCUGCAGCCUGGAUGCCUACCGUGCUGCGCUGUGCAACCUGGCCUCGCUGCUCAAGCCAGGGGGCCAUCUGGUGACCUCUGUCACUCUCCAGCUUCCAUCCUACAUGGUGGGGAAGCGCAAGUUCUCCUGUGUGGUCCUGGAGAAGGAGGAGGUGGAGCAGGCUGUUCUGGAUGCUGGCUUCGACAUUGAGCAACUCGCGCAUAGCCCCCUGAGUUACUCUGCCAUCACUGCUCCCAACACUGGGAUCUGCUUCAUUGUGGCCUGCAAGAGGCCUGGGCCAUGA